UAUCUAUAUAAAAAAUUUAGAAAAAUAUAUUUUGUGUUUUAUGAUUAUUGAUAAUAUAUAUAACAAGAUUAUAGAGAUUUUGUGGUGUUUUUUUUUUUUUAAAUAAUGGUUUACAUUAAAUUUAUAAUUAAGCGAAUAAAAGUAAAAAAUUGUCGGUCCCAAGCCAAGUGGAAGCUGAUUCAUGAUGGAUGAUUAUAGGAUCAAGGUGAAAACUAUCUCACCGAAGACUACUCCUCAUCCAAGCUGGACCGGUUAUAUUAUCACGAUAGCGUGUCCAUCCAAGCUGAUCAAUUCUCGGAGAGGAGACCGACGCUACUGGAAGUGUGUGAUUCCGGACUGUGCUGCCAGACUCAACACGCAUCAUGAGUUCAUCACAAAGUUCGUGCAUCGCCACAACCAUGAACCAGAUGCCGUCGACGUCAAAGUACGAAGAAUCAUGGAGAAAAUAAAACAGAAGCAAAGAAGAGACCAAACCAGUGCCAGCAAUCUACGAGGAAGAACGAUGCCUUCUCCGAUCAGAGGAGUUCAUCGAAUCUGAGCCUGAUCAUCACAACGUCACCUCAUCAUUCCCGACCUUCUACGCCUGCAAGUCCGCCCUUUACCGCCAACGUGGGAAGGAAAUUCCGAAACUCCCUAUCACACCACAGGAUAUCAUCUUAGAGGGAAAAUGGACCCGUACCAACGCUGGAGACAACUUCCUUGUGCCAGAUGAUGAUGAAGACUCAAGAAUUGUGAUCUUUGGAACAGACAUCAACAUCAACUACCUCGCCGCCAGCAACAGAGUCUACAUGGAUGGAACAUUCUACUCCUCACCUGGCCAGUUCUACCAACUGUAUUCCAUCUACGGAGAAAUCAACGGACGGACUUAUCCUUUAGUGUUUGGACUGCUUCCCGGAAAAAGUGAAGGCAUUUACCAGCGAUUUUUUCGCCUCCUUAUGAACUACUGCGUAGAGAUCAACGUUGUGUUUCAGCCACAGAUUGUGAUGUGUGAUUUUGAAGUUGCGGUGAGGAAUGUGUUGCAGAGAGUGUUUCCUGAGGCCACCGUGAAGGGAUGCUUCUUCCAUUUUACCCAGUGUAUUUGGAAGAAGACACAAUCUUUGGGAUUAGCCACCAUGUACCGAAACAACGAUGGAGUACAGAAACUAGUGAGACGUGCCGCAUCCCUGCCCCUUGUCCCGAUCAACCCAGUAGAAGAUGUUUGGUUUAACACCCUGGAGGACACCGAGGAAGUCAACGUGGACAUCACCAGGUUCGCCGACUAAGUGACAGAGCAGUGGAUUGAAGGAACAGAUGUGCAGUUUUGGAACCAUUUCGACAACACCGGACCUAGGACCAACAACAUAUUAGAAGGAUGGCAUUCCAAGAUCAACAAACAGCUUAACGCCGCGCAUCCGAACAUCUACAGACUCAUCAGCCUUCUUCAGUGCAUCCAAGCCAACAACGAAGCGGAUAUCAUCCAGACAUCAGCAGGAGCCAAGCAGAGACCACAAGAAGUCCGGUAUCGACGCAUUGACCAACGACUGACCCAGCUGAAGAACAGAUUCAUCGAUGGAGAUAUAGGCAUCAUGGAGUACUUGGACGCGGCAUCCUAUCUUCUUCACCUUGGAUGAUCCGUCAGUGUGUAUAAACUAUCAUUAACUGUGCAUUUAUAUUUUCAGAAAACAUAUUUAAAUGUAAAAAUAGAUGUGCUUAAUUUAUUGUCCUAUGAUUUU